AUGGCUAAACAAAUACCAGAAUCUGAUCAGAUAAAACAGUUGAAGGAAUUUCUUGGAACCUACAAUAAACUUAUAGAAACAUGCUUUUUGGACUGCGUUAAGGACUUUGUAUUAAGAGAAGUAAAACCUGAAGAGGAAUAUCAUAUUCAGCAGAAUGAAGCCCUGGCAACCAAAGCAGGCCUCCUUGGCCAACCACGGUAA